UAGUUUUCGGCUGAGGAGCGGCGCUGGUGCUUAGUAGACUUGGAGGCAGGCGCGCGGCGGGCAGGCCUGGAGGGGGCGGGUCCGCGCGGGCCUCACUGCCUCCCGCCAGGCUUGAGGAGAGAAGGGAGGUCACGGCGUGAAGGUGUGUAUCCGCUCCGGCCGCCCCGGCUGUCUUCGAGAGCUGCUUGCGUCGGGAGCAACCAUGUCCUACUGCCGGCAAGAAGGGAAGGAUCGGAUCAUAUUUGUGACCAAAGAAGACCAUGAAACUCCUAGCAGUGCAGAGCUGGUGGCUGAUGACCCCAAUGAUCCCUAUGAGGAGCACGGAUUGAUACUGCCCAACGGAGAUAUUAACUGGAAUUGCCCAUGUCUUGGGGGAAUGGCCAGUGGCCCCUGUGGGGAACAGUUCAAGUCUGCCUUUUCCUGCUUCCACUACAGCAAAGAAGAAAUCAAGGGAUCAGACUGUAUAGACCAGUUCCGGGCCAUGCAGGAGUGCAUGCAGAAGUACCCGGACCUCUAUCCCCAAGAUGAGGAAGAGGAAGAGGAGGCAAAGCCAGCGGAGCAGGCGGAGGAAACAGCUGCUACGGCCUCUGCAGCCAAAGAACAGGGGUCAAGCUCCUGAAGGCCACAGGACUUUGUGCACAAUGCCUUUUGGUCACCUCUGUGAAACUCUCCCUCUAUGCACUGUAAUGUACAAAAUAACUUAUUUUAAUGAUCAAGGGUCUUGGCUACUUGCCAUAUACACUGAAGAAAAGCGGGGGGUGUGCACCUAUGUCCUGCAUAAACCUAUCCUUGAGCGUUAAGCUACUGCUGGAUGUACUCCGUGUUUGCUCUGGAUUUUGCCACUUUGAAAUACUGUGCUGAGGCUUCUCAGCAACCAAAAGUUGUUACUCAGGAAAGUUUAUCGUGAGAGAGCUGAUUUAUUCUGACCCAUUUUAUCCCUUUUGGUAGAUUUUACACCUCUUUGGGAAAUUAAGUAGAUGCCAGAACUCCUUCAAGAGUGUCCAUUCCUAUUGGAAGAGGUUGGUGGUCAGAUCCUUGAGCUGGAGUGUAUGGGGCUGCUGCCUUGGUCUAGGCACCCAAGUUUCUGUGUUAGCAGUCCAGACUCCAAGGUGUCUACAGUUGCAGGGUGGGAUUGGACCCUGUGACUCCCAGUCCCUCCUAAGUGAAAGGAGAGGCUUGGUUUUCGGUUUAUUGUUUUGCUGUUCUGAAAGCCCUGGUUUGGAGCCCAUGUUCACUCAACCCAAUCAGUUGUGAUAUUGAGGUGGGGACCUAGCUGCUUCCAGAGCAGAAGCCAACAGAGGAAACCGUCUGAAUGAAGUACUCAAUUAAAAAGAAACAAUUUCUGUCUGA